ACCCUCUUUUGGUGUGCCUUAGGUGGUUUGAUAUUAGGUGGAAUUGUCGUAAUUUCAUACUGGAUAAGACGAUGCAGGACACUUGCAGCGAGGUCAACGAGCCGGCAUCGACGCAUCCGGAGCCGGAGCUCAUCAUCAGCUGCCACCGGGAUCAGCGGGAUCAGCGGGAUCAGUGCCAUCGGAAUAAUCUCCAGAGGGAAAGCAAAGUCAUCACCCGAUCACAAUCAUCGGCGUCGACCGCGCCGCAUGCUCCAGUGCAUCAACUGAAGCAGCAGCAAUCUCUGCCCACACCUCUAACCCAACAGCCCAGCCACAAUCCGCACCACAAUCCGCACCAGACACCCAAGUCCGUCUCCAUUCUCGUCUACAAGACCCUGAACACGGUCUUCAAGAGCAGCCGCAAGAUCAUCGUUCGUGUGUGUGAGGUGGCCAGCGCCAAGAAGUCCUUCACCAUGUUCAAGUUCAACAAGGCCGCCCAGCAGCAGCGGAUCGACAAUCGGAACAGUGCCGUCACAGGACACGAUCCCUUCGUCCGACCACCAGUGCCCGAAAAGAAAGUGAGGAACAUUAUGAAGAAGCUGCACAAGGCGAACGGCCUGAAACGCUCCAACUCGGCGAUCGAGUUCGAUGUCUCGGCCCUGACAGCUGCCAAUCGCCGGCAGAUCUAUAGUAGCAAUCGGUCGGCGAGCUCGGAGCAAGAUAACUCAGAUCUAUCCGAGCACUCGGAGAAAUCGCCGCUGGUUAGCGCGAGGUUAGACAAUCUAGCUAGGCUCUUCUUUAGCAAGUCGAUGCCAGCGGAAACCGGAAGUAGAGAUACCAUAGAUUCAGUACUGACAACAAGGCCCAACAUCAAGUACCAGUACUCCGCCUUGGACAGUGGCAAUGGGAUCGUGGAGCGAAGUCCGCGGGAGCGGGCUCAGCGGGAGAAGGCACUGAAUGCCACUCAGGAAUGGAUUCAGGGUGCCAAUGGGCGCUACGAAGUGAUUGCCCACCUGGAUGAGAUCGGUUCGAGGCAUGGCAAGAACUGGUUUCUGGUCACAGAUGCCUCGGUACGCACGGAUCGUCUGCAGACGCUGCUACCUCUGCCCCCCGACUGUGUGGCCUUCGAGGAUCUCCCGCCCAACGAAAGCGCCAGGGAAAUACUCAUGGAGCUCCUGGGCUCGCUGCAUCAUCCGUACAUAUAUCCCGUUCUGGAUUUGGGCUUCUUGCGCAACAGCUCGUAUAACUACGCCUGCCUGGUGACGCCCUUCAACUCGCGGGGCAGUCUCAAAGAUCUCAUAUAUAAGGCGCAGUGGAACGAGCCGUGGACCAGGAAGUAUACGCGUAAGCCAAAUGGCUUACCAGUGAGCCAGGUGCAGCGCCUGGGGCGACAGAUCCUGGAGGCACUGCUCUUCCUGAAGGAGCGCGGUUUUCCGCUACACGGUCACCUGCACAGCGGCAAUGUCAUCCUGCAGAACGGGGCAGCCAGGUUAUCGGGCCUGGAGAACGGCCUCCUGGGCCUCAGUUCGCGCAUUAACGCCGUCAUGUGGUCCCGCUCGGUCACCGAGAUCGAGAACGUGGACAUCGUCUGCUUCGGUCACCUGCUCUACGAGAUGUGCACGGGCCAGGAGCUGACCACACCCAAGCCGUCCAUGCGGGUGCUCGAGAUGGAGCUGCAGCACUAUCCACAAAUUGGCCAGAUUCUGGAAAUAUUAGGUCUAAUCUUUGAGCCGCCCAGCGGUGUCUGCCCCUCCGUCGAGGACUUAGUCCUUUGCGAUCUGUUUCGCAGCAUCGAUUUGCGCGAGCUUCGCGGUCCCUGUUUCAGUACAAUUAAGCCGAGCCUCAGCAGGUCCACCCUCAACCUGCUGCAAGCGGUGAAGAAGCGCCAAUGCGCCUCCCUGGGCCACUCCCUCAGUGAGGCGAACUCGCCCUGCACGCCCCCCUCGACGCCGCACGAUCGACGAACUGGUAUCAGCCGAACAAUGGACUCAUUUGACAUAUCAAGCGAUUCGGAGGAGGGUCUCCUGGAGGAGAUUGUCGUCGGAGGCAGCUGCCAUCGCCAGCACUUGCUCCGCCUGCAGCAGUGGCACUCCGCCCACUCAUAUGCUCACUCGUAUGCCUCGGAGUCGCCCAUUCACUAUUGCGACCCUGCGGCCGUCUAUUCGGAUGAUAAUAGCCAGGAGCCGGGUCAGGAUCCCCAGCCGCCGACCAUUCGCUGCAGCACCAGCAGUCAGAGCAAUCUGGAUGUCCUGCUGGCGGAGGGAGCCGCGGACGAGGUCUACGAGGAGCAGGAGGAGGAGGAUUUUGAGCAGGAAGAGGAGGCCAGUGGCUCCUCGGGAACGCAGCGGCUUCAGGCGCCAGCUUGCACUUCAUCGGCUGCUGGCGCCUCCUUCAACCACCAACUCACUGCCGAUAUGUGCAACUAUAAGAACUCGAAGAGCAGGCGGUUGGAGUACUCACUCAAGUGUCUCAAGUAUGGCCGCAGUAAUCCCUCCCAGGACUCGGCCUUUGGCUCUCUGACCGACAACGACCUGUCCAUUGGCUCGUCCAGCAUUAGGUUGAGCAGCUUUCAGUCCAUUUCAUCGCCCAUUGACGAGGGCGUGGAGGAUGUCAUCAUAGCCACCACCACCGGUGGCAAUGAGACCUGCCUGGAACUGGCCACCAUUCCCAGGAGCAUGGUCUCCCAGGACUCGGCGAUUUCAUCGCCCUGUCGCGAGAGUUCACCCAACAACUUCCUGCACAUUGACGAUGCCAUGUCGGGAACGGGUUCCACUUCCUCCGGCUCGAAUUGCGGCUCCUUCGGAAAUAUACGUCCCCAACAGUUUCCCGUUUCGCUCUCGCCAAAGAUCUUGGUCACGGCCACCAGCAAUUCGAGCAGCUCGUCCUUGGCCUCCGCCAGCAAUGCGGGUCAAGGUCAGUCGCAGGGUCAUGGACAAGGGCAUCCGCAGCAGCAGUUUGAUCCGCCCAAGAUUCUCGUCAACGAUCAGAACUCCAUCUACACCACAUCGCCCUCGAAGCGAUCGGGGAUGAUAGAGGUGUUCUCUCAAAAAUAUCGGUGUCCCUUCCAGGUGAGCUCCUUCGAGGACAUGUCUCCGAAGCGAUCCUCCGACAAACAGCACCUGAAGCACGUGAAUCGGCUCGCCUUUCGCUCCUUGGAGGAGGAGCGUCGGAUCGACAAUGCCUUUCUGCCCAUGGCAGAUCGCACCCACUCGGACAAUCGCGUGAAUAUGCAGAGCGAGAAGUACAAGAAGCUCACGCACGCCUCCUUUCGCAUCAGCAAAGGUCAAGAUCAGGACUCGCCCACGGCCACGCCCACCAACCAAACGUCGCCCGGUCAACCUGGCAAUUGCAUCGAGAUGCAGCGUACCGGAAGGCAGACCCUCUGGCGGGACAGCAAGUUCUACCGGAAGAACAGAAUCGCCAAGAGCAACGACUCCCUGAUGGAGAACAAUCCGUCGCCCAGGAUAUCGCCGUGCUCCCUGCGGGAUAAUCAGUACGAGAGCAGGAGCAGCUCCCAGGCCAGCCGGAGAUCGCUCAGUGGCAGUCAGCAGAUGCUGAGUGUCACCACCAGUUUCUGCGGCAAUGGCAGUGCGUCCAGGAACUCGGCCAGGUACUGCAGCUCCAAGAGCGAGGACUUGGGCGAGUCCUCCGACUAUCUGCGAGUGAUGGACGCACGGAAAUCGUAUUCCGAGCGGCAUCUGGUGCGACUCAAGCAGACGGCCAUCAACAACACGCACAGCGAGGACGAUGUGAGCUUCAACGAUGACAAUAAUCAAACGGUAUCAUCGCAGAGUCAGGGGUUACGGCAAUGCGGCAUUCAGUACAAUCAGAAGGAGCACCACCAGAAGCACUAUCAGGGUGGCAGGUGGAGCAGCAGCUGCUCCAUUGGCGGCCACCUGAAGACGACCAAUAUUAAGACCACCUCGCUGUCCGCUCAGUCCAGCCAAUCGAAUUUAGUGGCCACCUCGGCAACUGCCAGCUAUCGCACACCAUCCAAGUCCCUCGACCAGAGCAUCGCCACUAUCGCCUCCAUCGCCAUCCCGAACAUCCAUCCCACCACCCCGAAUAACACCACCACCAAUUGCAGCAGCACCACCACCUGCACCACCACCAGCAACACCAGCAGUGACAGCAGCAGCAGCACCACCAGCACCACCAGCUCGGUGGACGAGUCCCCGUCGAGACGCACCCUUAGUGGAGCUGAUCUCUCGAGGAUCUUCGUGAUGGACAUGGACGAUGCACCGGGCAGUACAUGCAGCGAGGAGAAGACGCCCCUCCUGGACAGCGUGGAAAUGUCCCCAAUGAGUCCAACCGAUCCGGAGGAGCCCGACCUCGACAAGCUCUAAUCAACCCGAUUACAAAAUCUACACAAUCUACACGCACAUACCGAUACGUUUUGAGCAGCCGAAAUGCAAAGCAUGUGAUAAAGAAACCAAAAAUAUAAAUGAAAUCGAACGGGGAACCACAAAGUUAUAGAACUACUAGGCUAGGAACGAGAUGGUAGGCGGAGAAAGACUUCUAAAAGAGUUAUUGGGAUAGAGGAUUUGAGUUUUAUUUAUAUAUUCAUUUAAUUUUAUCUGAGAAAUUUUGGAUCUGUAUAUUUCAACGACUUUCGCUUAGAACAAGCACCUUUGGCAUUAUUAAAGAAUUAUGAUGAUUCUUUUUUCCAUUUUCUAUAGGAUUUGUCAUCUUCCUGAUAACUCUUUUUUGGGGCUUUCUGCCGUGCCAGUGUUGGUUAAGGUAAAGCAAUUCUAAUCUGGGUUCGACACAUACACCAACACAUACUCACUCACACUUACAUAUAUAAUUGGGCUGCCCCCGCCUUUGCUAAAUCCACACAUCCACACUCAAAGCUUUCUUCUGGUAACAAUAAUAUUUUCUCUUUAUAUUGAACUUUAGCCGAUUGCUUUUACAGCAACUCGAAAUAAACUAGAAUACAUAUUUCUUUACUAAAGCUAAUCUCUAGACUGCUAAGCCACGAGACAACACAGAAAAACAAAAAAAAAAGGAAUACCAUCCUGCUGAUUAGUUGUUUUUUAACAAAAUUAAAAGGAACGCCGUUUUCGAAUUAUACGGAAUUAUACACUUUACUUGGUAGUUAAAUUGAAUAGUUAAGACUUGAAAGCUUCGCAGCUUGGCGCAUUGAAAAUGUUUUACUGUAGCUUAAAAUCGUUUUAAGCUCCCAGUGGAGCGUGUUUUAAAUAUAAAUUAAAAAAAAACCGAACAUAUUCUAGGGAAAUAAGUCCGAAAGAACCUUAAAAGAUCAAUGAAAGCCAAAGAAAGUUAACCCAUUGAAUGGAGAAUCCAAGGCAAAGUUGAAAGUAUCCAACAUAUAACGAACAAUUUAGAUUUCUUUAGUCGUUUAUCCUUUGUUCAGAAAUUACACAUUAGCCAGCACUUCAAUAUCGCAACUGAAACAUAAAAUUUUAACCCAUAAGAGUUAAGCAUUGUCGUAAAAAAAACGGCAAACAAUAAAACAAUACAGAAAUGCAAUCAAAUUUACUAAAAUAUCGGUAACGACACGAAGGAUAUCACAAAAGCCACACACAAUCGAACACAAUAUAAAUGUACUCACUAACGAUCAUAUAUAUAGAAGAUAAUAUUAGACGCACGCACUUGACUAAGACGAUCCAGAUUCGAAUCCCGAUUCAAAACCCAGCCCCACCCGAUGUAUUCGAAUAACUCAAAUGAUCUGCCACAGAGUCACAGAGUCGCCCUUAGUUUGUUUAUUCGUAGCUGAUGAAUGAUGAUGACACAUUGUUUAUGGGACCCUCUAGAAUGUACAUGUAUGUAUCCCCAAUAUCUUGUAAGUUAUUUUGCUUGGAAUUGUUUGUGUAUCCACUUAUGUAACCCCACAAAUGGAGAAGCCCUUGAGAACUAACAAAUAAACGAGAUAACGACGUAAA